AUGUAUCUAGUUACUUUGUUUCAUCAAUUAGUGUCGUUGCCUCAAGCGAAGGCGUGGCUAGAGCAACAACUGUUUAUUCCUCUACUGCAGUACGACGCAAGAGUUCGUGAACUAAAAGUUGCUGUUCAGAAUCUCAACACGAAGAAAGAAGAUGUUGGACGCAAAGUUGAUGAGGAAGAAAACAGAUAUGGGAGAGGAAUUCCAGACAGAGUUAAAAAUUGGAUACAAGAAGUCGAUGAAAUCAUUUCUGAACAUCGUCAUUUCCAAAACGACGAACCCCAUUAUCUUGCCACAUUUGACUUGUCUGGAACUGGUGGCCUUCCUAAUCCUUGGGAAAGGCAUCGUCUAAGCAGAAAAGCAAGUGAUAUUACAAAGAAGGUUAAUGGACUACUGCAAAGAGCAGAGCAAGAUUGGCUUUCUUAUUGGGUUGCACCCUCCACGGCUGCAUUUCUUUCUGUCGUUGGUUAUGAGGUCUUUCCAUCGAGAGAAGAAAUUGUGAAGAAUAUUGAGGCAGCUUUGGAAGACUCGAAUGUCAGAAUGAUCGGACUUCAUGGGUUAAGUGGUGUAGGCAAGACCACUUUAGUCAAAAAAGUUGCUCAAGAAGCCUUAAAAGUUAAGAUGUUCAAUGUAGUGAUCAUGGCAAAUGUAACAAGAAAUCCUGACAUAAAAAAAAUUCAAGGGCAAAUAGCUGAUAUGCUGGGGAUUAAAUUGGAUGAGGAAAGUGACAUUGCAAGAGCUGCUCGAAUACGGAAGAGUUUAGAGAAUGAUAAAAAGAGCACGCUUAUAAUCCUAGAUGAUCUUUGGGCAAAAGUGGACUUCAAUAUGCUCGGGAUUCCAUCUGAGAAUGAUGACGGUGAUGGAGUGGAGAAUGUCAAAAUGGCGAUUCAAUCUGAUAAUGCCGAGGAAAAUGUCGAAAAAGGGCAAUCCCCAAAUAUUUCAUCUGAUGAUAAUCAGAAGAUACACGAUGCCUCCAAUGGGAUGAAACAAAAAGAUGCUCUUAGUCAUUACAAAGGGUGCAAAGUUUUGCUAAUUUCUGAAUCCAAACAAGUACUGCUAUUAAGUCAUAUGGAAGGGAAGGGAAAAUCUAUUUUCCCUAUGCAAGUAUUGAGGGAUAAGGAAGCAAAGAAAUUAUUCAAGAAAAAGGCUGAAAUAGGUGAUACAAAUUUUAAAUUUGAAAAAUUAGCAGCUCAGAUUGUUGAAAAGUGUGAAGGGUUGCCCAUGUCAAUAGUUACAACUGCAAGGGCAUUAAAAAACCAGAGCCUGGCGGUAUGGGAGGAUGUUAACCAACAACUUGAAAGGGAAAAGUUUACAGGAGCCCCUGAGUUUUCUACUAAGUUGAGUUAUGAACUUUUAGAAAACGACGAGCUCAAGUACACUUUCUUACUUUGUGCUCGCAUGGGUCAUGAUGCAUUAAUUAUGGACUUGGUCAAGUACUGCAUUGGUUUGGGCUUUCUUCAAGGAAUCCACACAGCAAGGGAAGCUAGAAAUAGAGUAUAUGCAUUGGUUGAAAAGUUAAAAGAGUCUGGUUUAUUGUCUAAUAGUUACUCAAAUGAUCAUUUCACCAUGCAAGCUAUUGUUCGCAGUGCGGCUUUGUCAAUAGCAUCCAAGGAAAAGCAAGUAUUUACAAUGACAAAGAGAAGAAUAGAUGAAUGGCCUGAUGAGGAUAAACUUAAAAGGUAUGCUGUUAUUUCCUUGCAUCAUUGUGAUAUUGAGGGGUUUCCUAUAAGUAUAAACUGCCCGAGACUUAGAGUGUUCCAUAUUGAAAAUAAUGGUCCACGUUUGAAAAUACCAAACAACUUUUUUAAAGGAAUGAAAGAACUCAAAGUGUUGAUAUUGACUGGCUUUGAUCUGUCACCCUUACCUUUGUCAAUUGCAUGCCUCAAAAAACUCAGAAUGCUUUGUUUAGAGCAAUGCGUGCUAGGUAAGAAAUUUUCAAUCGUAGGCAAGUUGAAAAAUUUAAGGAUUCUCAGUUUUUCAGGAUCUGAUAUUGAAAAAUUGCCUUCUGAAUUGAAGCAAUUAACCAAGCUACAAAUUCUUGACAUAAGUCAUUGCUCUAAACUUCAAGAAAUUCCAUCUAAUGUAAUAAAUAGUUUGACUAGUUUGGAAGAGUUGUAUAUGAGAAACACCUCGAUUCAAUGGAACAUUGAAGGACAAGCAAACCAAAAUCAAAAUGCUAGUCUUUCUGAGUUGAGGCAUCUGAAUCAGUUGACAACUCUGGACAUACAAAUCCCAAAUGUUGCCCAUUGGCCAAACAAUUUGUUCUUUGACAAGUUAAAUAGUUACAAGAUUGUUAUUGGAGAUUUGAAUGAACACUUAGAGAUGGAUUUUAAGAUGCCAGAGAAGUAUGAAGCAUCGAGGUUUUUGGCAGUGCGGUUAAAAGUUGACUUUGACAUUCAUUCUCAAAAGGGUAUCAAAAUGUUGUUUGACAGAGUUGAGAAUUUGUUGUUAGAAGAUCUCUUUGAUGUCCAAGAUAUUUUUUAUAGAUUGAAUUUGAAAGGAUUUCCAUAUCUAAAACAUUUGUCCAUUGUAAAUAAUUCUGGCAUUCAAUUUCUCAUUAAGCCAGAGGACAGGGAGCAAUCUGAGGAGGUUUUUCCUAAAUUGGAAUCAUUGUAUCUCUCUAAUCUCACGAAGAUGGAAACAAUAUGCUCAUGUGAACUUUCUAAACCCUCAUUUGAUAAAUUGAAGGUAAUCAAGAUCAAAAUCUGUGGUCUCUUGAAGAAUGUCUUCUCAUUUUCUAUGGUUAAACUUCUAACUGUUCUUGAAACAAUUGAAGUUUCUGAAUGUAACUCUUUGAAGGCGAUUGUCCCGGGGGGGACACAAAGUGACUCUAAAGAAAUUGAGUUUCCUAAAUUACGCUCUUUGAUGCUACAAUCUUUACCAGGAUUUGACGGAUUUUAUCCCAUUUCAUCAAUAGAAGAGACUAAAGAGCUAUUCCACAAAAUGGUGCGUUUAAAAUUGUCAUAUAGAUACAUUUAUCUUUUGCAUUUUAAACUUUGA